GGUACCCCUUUGCUUCUAUUUCACUUUUCACAAGCUCAUCCAAGCAUUAAUGCUGUCUAGCCAUGGUCCUCGUGAACAACUUCUUGCUUUUAAAUCAAAUCAAACCCCACCCUUGAGGCAACUUCAGAAAAAAACAUCACAUUUGAAUUCGAAUUUGAAAAAAAAACAAAGGCCAAACAGUGAGUGUGAUGUCUCCCAAGCUGGCGUUUACUUUUCUUUACUUUUCUCACGAACUCCAAUUCUGACGUAUUUUAAAACGCAGCCUCAAAGUGACCGGCCUUCUCUUUUAUUUCCAUUACCGUUGAUGAAAACUGAAACUGGGCAGUCUAAUAUUGUUCAUCCAUUUACACAAAAGAAUGUAUCCAAAGAUCAAGGUGAGGAAACAGGAAGAAGAUGAGGAAUCCUCCCCCCCAAAUGAUCAUGUAUCCACGCCUUCUUUAAGGGUUAAAAGUGAAUCUCCAUCUGUGGAAGGUUGUGGUUCCCAUGCUUCAGAAGAAGAAAAUCAAAGUGAUUCUUCACCUUCAAUGGCAAGAUUUGCAAAGCCUUAUUUCGUCAGAAACUUGAAAGCACAGCCAUUUUCUGCAUCCAAAGGAAAAUUGAAGGACAACAGACGUAUUGGAGAGAAUAGAAAACUUAGUUUCGGAGCCAAAUCAGCUUUGCGUCCUCGAGCAGUCUUGUCUAGUCCUGACAAUGACGGGAUAAUUGGGAAGAGAAACAAAUGGAAGAAUGAAAGAACCUUGACUUUGAAAAGUUGUAAUUCUGAGCUGACGAAGCCUGCUGAAACCAAGGUUAUUGCAAAUCAGGGUAAAUCAGAGAGUCCUCUGAUCAUAAGAAAGUGCUUCAAGGUUAAGGUGGCUUAUGAAUAAUACCUGCAAAAGAUCUCUUUUAAUAGAGGUAAGACUCUCUGAUGCUUAAAUACCUAUUUUUUUAGAUAGAUAAAAUACAAUAAUAUUAUAGAGAGAGAUGUUCUAAAAAUACAUAUGCAGUAGAAAAUAAAGAUUGUAAACAUUUAUUUUGAAGGUCUCAUGGUGUAUUUAUAGACCAUGAGUUAUGUCCUUUUAUGGAGAAAAAUGGCUGGAAUGUAACUUUAUCUUUGUGAUAUUUUGAGUUACAUUGU